CUCUACUCUCAUGUUGAGAGAUAUAACUUGUCUAUCAAACUAUUUACUCCAUUCUUACAGGCGAGAGUUAAAGAUAUCGACAUCACUAGUAAAGUCUCAGAGUUGACUCUCUAUAUCUUUAAUAAUGUCAAUUCAACAUUUGACUUCUCCAGAAUGGACGCAUUGAAGAAGCUGACGAUAGUCUAUGGAUUCAAUAUAAGUCCAUCUUCAUUGGAGUUAAUUACUCCUUUACUCAAUACGUUGCCGUUCUUUAGAACUUUAAUUAUCGAGGCAUCUGCAAGUAAUAUUAGUGCUUUUCCAAGGUAUCUUGCCUUACUCAAUUUUGAGCGUAUUAAAGUGAUUUUCAAAGUGAUUGGAUUGAAGCAAUCGAUAUAUGAGUCAUUUGAGUUCAAAGAGUUACAGAAAUAUGUGACAGUAUCUUCCGUAUUUAACAAUAUAUACCCAUUCAUGGUCAAUGAAAACAUCCCACUUUUAGUCGAUAAUAAAAAGCUAUUUAUCGUCUCACCAGAUGUCGUGGACGAUGCAGAGAUAGUGAAGGCUUGGAGUCAGUAUUUCCCAUUCAAAAUAUCUGUCUUUGGGAAUCGAGAAGUCAUUAACGACUUAUUUAAAAUUGAUCUUUCACUGUACACAUCAGUCGUCGACCUUUCAUUGUCGAGAAUCAACACAUUCAUGCACAUUUCGUUGACAUUCCCUCCCUCGUUACGGUCAUUGUCGUUAUCUGUAUUUAACCCAAAUCCAUUCCCAGAACUCUCCAAAUUGAAAAUCGAAGAACUCAAAAUUAACGACUGCUCGACAGUCACCUCGCUACAUCUCCCCACUACACUCUCGAAAUUACACAUCACAGACUGCGAAAGACUCUCGGAAAUUGUCGACUUGAAUAAUGAAUUGAUGAGAGAUCUCAAGAUAUCAUGUCCCAGUGUCAAAAUGAUCGUCCCUUAUGUGGCGCGACUCAGACUGGAAAAGUACGUCUACAACAAAAACAAAAUCAGAACACCACAAGAUGUGGUCGAGUCGAGACUCGCAAAACAAGCACUUGGAGUCGCAGAUAACGUCACUGUCGUUGAGCUGCCAACACAGUUCUACCCCGUCAUCAGAAAGAGCUUUUUGUCAGUCAACUGUUAA